AGCAACGUUAAUAUUGGUAAUAUUGGAAGAUAGCCGACUGUAAUAACGUUAGGUAUUUCAUGCUGUCACUUUGCUAGCUCUGAGUUAUUUGUGUUGAUGUCGAAUCUGUGGUUUGGUUUGUCAUGGUCCAAUUACCGCAGGAACUUUUGUUUACCAGGAGCUGGGUGUGAUUUUGGAACCCUGAUGAUUGUGCAGGCGUUGGUCUACAAGGCUGUGACCCUUCGUCUAUGUUCCAGAGUCAAAUUCACCUGGUGUGCAUCUAAGAUGGCCAGACCAAGCUCAGAUUUAGCAGCUUUUCGUAAAGACUUCGCUAAGGCCAAGCACAUAGCGAUAAUCACUGGAGCUGGAGUCAGUGCAGAGAGUGGAGUGCCAACCUUCAGAGGAGCUGGUGGCUACUGGAGGAAGUGGCAGGCUCAGGAUUUGGCCACCCCACAAGCAUUCUCCCGAGAUCCAUCCCUGGUUUGGGAGUUUUAUCACUAUAGACGUGAGGUUAUGUCCAGUAAGCAGCCGAAUCCAGCCCACCUGGCUAUAGCCGAGUGCGAGGCCCGCCUCAGCCAACAGGGGCGCUCUGUGGUUGUUAUUACGCAGAAUAUUGAUGAGUUGCAUCGUCGAGCAGGUUCCAGAAAUGUGCUGGAGAUCCAUGGUAGUCUGUUUAAAACUCGCUGCAUGAGCUGUGGUGAAGUCAAGGAGAACUACAAGAGCCCUAUAUGCUCUGCUUUGGAGGGGAAAGGAGCACCUGAUCCCAAAGCCAAAGAUGCCAGAAUACCAAAAGAAGAUCUGCCCAGAUGUGAGGCGAAGCGCUGUCGUGGUCUUCUGAGGCCUCAUGUGGUGUGGUUUGGAGAGUCGCUGGAUCCUGAUAUUCUGACCAGAGCAGAUCAAGAGCUGAAUAGAUGUGAUCUCUGCUUAGUGGUGGGUACGUCCUCGAUAGUUUACCCAGCAGCCAUGUUUGCUCCUCAGGUGGCAGCUAGAGGAGUGCCUGUGGCUGAAUUUAACAUGGAAUGCACACCUGCCACCACGUGCUUUAUGUAUCAUUUUGAUGGUCCGUGUGGUAGCACUCUGCCUCCUGCCCUGGCACCCCAUGAGAGCGAGGGUGUCUGAGGAAUCCACCAGCCCAAAGCACCUGGUCCAGCACUUUAUAACAAACAACACGUCUCCUUUGUGUUGUUGAUCGUCUUCUUUUGCAUCCUGUCCCUGUACUUGUGUUCUGCUUGAUGUGAAGAAAAAACUGAUGACAUUUGACAAAAAAAAAUUAAUAAAUUCAUCUGUCCAUUUUA